UGUUGUCAUGUCCAGUACGGUUGGAUUAUGAUAUAUGGCUUACCAAGGAGCCCCUUUAUGGUUUAGGUGCAACGUUGUAAUAUCUGAUGUAGUUGGAUUAUGUUUGGCGGUUUACCUAUGAUGUUAUAUCCAGUGUGGUGGUGUUAUGAUAUGUUUACUUAUUGGUCACCAUAUGGCUUAGUGAUCAGUUAUCAUAUCCAGUGUGACUAGUCUAUGAGGUGUUUAGAUAAUUAGCUUCUACAUGGUUGAGUGUUAGGUGGUUACCUUAAUGUGGGGUGAGUUAUACAUACUUUGCAUGCAUAUUGAGUUUGCAGUACAAGUUUGGUUAGCUUUGUGAACAAAGAUGUAUAGAUAGGUUUAAAUUUUGAGUUCUUUUAUGGUAAGCUGCUAGGUCUACAUGUAUGGUAUAGUUGUAGGUUAUCAAUUUCUAAAAGUUUGGUUUAAUAUAUAUGUUUGGUAACCAUUAUUUUGAAUCAUGGGAUAUGUGUAUAAUAGCAUAUUUGGUUUAGCAUAUUUGUGCUUUGGAUUGUAGGUCAGAAACUUGUGGUUAACGGAGCCAAUGUACAUGUACUUGCCAUUACUUUUGUACUUACAUUACAUUUUUCAAUGGUUUAAGUCAUUACUGAAUGACAUAAAAUUUUUGAUGUAUUAUAAAUUUAGGUUUGAUGGUGUGAUUCCAAUUGUUAAAAGGCAUGAAUAGGCACAAAUAAAUCCAAAAAUUUUAAUCUCUGUUCACACAUUGGAAGGACUCACUGGGGUUUAGGAUAAAGUUCAAGUUGGGUUUUAGAUCCUGUAGGAAUUUACUGUUAUUGAUAAGGCAAUGUAUCAAGAAUAAGGGUUGGUUACAUUAAGUCAUAGAAAACUUCAGCUGUAGGGUACAGUUUUUUACAGCAUGAUGCCUAGACCAAAAGUUGGUGUGAAAAGAAAAAGAGCUGGUUCGGCGGAAAGAAAAGGAGCAAAGUCCAAAAAAGAUCAGAGCUCUGAUCAUCACGAGGAAACAUUGGUAGAGAGAGUAACACAGGCGGUGUUGGAAGCAUUAGAGGACAGAGCUGUCCCCGCCAUUCCAGACAGGAGCGAGUCCCCCCAGAGUUUGGAUGGUCAAAAAAUUUCUGGAGGUGUCAUUGGACAGCGAGGACGAACCAACAGCCAUACCAAGCCACCUUUUGCAGCUAUCCAAAACACAGCUGUUACCUUGAUUGAGGCAGCUUUAGCCCCUAAUACAAAGAUUGUCUACAAGCAGGCCCUAAAUUGUUUUCAGACAUUCAUGCAAAGUUAUUACAAUACAUGCAGCAUUAAGGAUGUUUCUCUCGAACACAUUAUUAGUUUCGUUUCCUAUCUAUUUAGUAUAGGCAAAGCACCAAGCUCGAUAACAACAUACUUGGCAGCGCUGGCAUAUUAUUUUAAAAUGUCUAAUAUUCCAGACUUUUCAAAUCAUUUCUUGAUAAAGAAAAUGUUAAGUGGGGCAAAGCGUCUGGCCAGCUCUCCUGAUGUGAGGCAGCCUAUUACUCUGGAUAUCCUGGAAAACCUUUUAGUAGCCGUGCCUCAUGUAGCCAAUUCUAGUUACCAAAGAUGUUUGUUCAUGGCUAUGUUUAUAAUAGCAUUUUAUGCUUUCCUCCGAGUAGGAGAAAUCACAGUUCGCUCCCAUUCUAACCCAAACUUGCUGCUUUUAAGUAAUGUAUCCUUCAAGACAAUAGCCAAAGCAAGUUGUAUGAUCAUAACAAUGACCAACUUCAAGCAUAAUCUGGGGAAAAAUCCUGUGCAUCUGGAAAUCAAACCUCAGCCAAUCCGCAAAUUUUGUCCUGUGCAAAUCAUGAAGAAUUAUCUCAAAGUGAGAGGUGUGAAGGAUGGACCUCUGUUUUGCUAUGGCUCUGGAAGGCCUAUAUCCCGUUCAGAAUUCUGCAAGGUGCUGAAAUCGGCUCUGAAGUUCUCAAAGUUGGACAGUCAUAAAUUCAAAGCACACAGUUUCAGAAUAGGAGCAGCAACUCAGGCUCACCUGCAGGGCUUCUCUGAUUCACAAAUAAGAGUUAUGGGAAGAUGGCAUUCCGAGUCAUUUCAGAGAUAUAUCAGGGUGUCCUUGUUUCCAACAUUGUAG